UGGGUCUUGGCACAGGGUAGUUUGUAGCCUAAUAUAUUGGGCAUCAAUGUUAGGCAAUUUGGUGCAGGAACGAAAGAGGGAGAGAGAUGUCAAGUGGCAGGAAGAGCGAAAAGGCAGCAAUGAAGAAGACAACAACAUUGGUGGUGAAGAAAUCAGCAGCAGCAGCAGGAGCGGGCGAGUAUUUGGUGGCGAGAAAGGCAGGAGGGAGGGUGGAAUUCCCGACAUCCCCGGAAGCAAUAUUUGGGGAAGAAAUAGUGAGCUUCAGUCACCCACAGCACCCUCUGGUGCAGCUGGAGCAGCCUGAGCUGUAUACAUGCGCAGGCUGCAAGGAGUACGGAUCGGGCAAGAGGUUCGCUUGUCAACAAUGUGAUUUUCAGGUGCAUGACUUCUGUGCCCUGGCUCCUCCCGUCCUCAAGGCCCACCCCUUCCACUCCCACCAUCUCAUCUUGUUCCAUUCAAAACCAGUGAAAGGCGGAAUCACGAAAUCGAAAUGCGAUGUGUGUGGGAAACAGAGCAAGGGUUAUGCGUUCACAUGCAGUGCGUGUGGGUUUAUGAUGCAUCCCUGCUGUGCCAUGCUCUCCACGGAAAUCGAGUUCUCGGGCCAUCCUCACACCUUAAAACUCCUACCUGCAGCCGCCGGCUCAAACGGCGACUCCGGAGGUGGUUUUGUGUGCGGCGAGUGCAGGAGGAGAAGAUCGGGGCGAGUGUACCACUGCACCGUGUGCGAUUAUCAUUUGCAUGCUGUGUGCGCCAAAAAUAUGAUGAACGGUCUGCAAGCCAAUGGAAUCAAGGGCCCGGAGAAGAGCAGUGUGCUGGGCACAGCGGCCCGCCUUGCUUCACAGGUCGUCGUCGAGUUCAUCGGAGGCUUGAUUGAGGGUCUUGGCGAGGGCAUGGGGGAAGUCCUCGUCCAGAAUGUCUCCCGAGGCAAACCUCCUCUUCCUUCUGCUCAUCCAACUUCAUCUUCUCACUCUUAAUUUUCCCUUCCCAACAACAACCUAUCCCCAGCAAAUCUUGCUUCCUCCCACUUUCCAUCAUUAUUAUGAUUGAUAUAUAUUGCAUGUCCCUGAAAUUAAUGUUUUAGAAGUUUUAAA